AUGACUGUCCUGUUUAUGAACAUGAGGUUCAUUGCAUAUGUAUCCACAUUUCUGCUAUCUGCGGCUGUCCUUGGACUUACCGCCAACUUUGCCAAGUUAUUCCUUCCGAAUAUCAAUCAUGACUUCACUAUCUUUGCUCUGAUUCCACCAUCAGUCACUCUAUUUGCAUUUAUAGGCCUGACACAGUUUGCGCAGCCUGUAGUGGAGAUCACAAUCCACUUCAUCCUCGGUGUGCUAUGGCUAGGUAAGCUUACAGUGCUACCCUUUACUCAAAAUCCGUUGAGCUUAUCGAUCGGAACCACAGCCCUGGGUGCAUGGUCUCAGGACAUCAUCGGAUAUGUGCAAUGCUAUCCACUCCAAGGUCAGCAACCUACCAAUAAAGGAAGUAUGUCUGCACAGACGUAUUGCUAUGACAUGAAGGUCAUCGAAGCACUAUCGUGGACCAUAUUCGUGCUGUUUACGUUGUUCUUCGUUAUCCUGAUCUCGCUUACAUCGCGCGCAGUCGCUUUUGGCCGGUACUAUGCGUGGCGGGAACAUGUCUCGCAGCUAGGCUGGUUUGGGGAACUUCCAGGAUACCCCACUGAAGCUGUCUAUCCUCGAGCUCCGUUUUUCGGAGGAUACGGUCAGCCGUACCCCAUGAUGGGUGGGUACCAUAUUCAACAAGCGCCGGGUCACUCCAUCAUGGUUCAACCAGGUAUUAAUGGUGGCCAACCUGUUGUCACUCAGGUGCCAGGUGUGGUGGUCUAG